AUGAAGAGGAAACCAUCGGAGACUGGCUCAGUCCAGCACUCAGCCACUCAAUUUGCAAACAAAACGGCUGAGCCCAAUGAGUGGUCUGAGUUGAAACGUCAGUUGGCAGCCUACCAGGCCACAGCUUUUGAUUUACCAGGUCAGUCUUGAGCGUGUCGGUUUGCUUAUAGCAAUGAAUUUUUGCGCUGAGACCGCCGACCUCCCUCACUCUGCCCCAUCUCGUGCCGGUAAACCAACCGAUGCCAAGAUUUCGAGGGUGGACUGACAAACUUGAAAUCAGCUUGCCUCCCUGUGUCACACAUGACCCAGCCCCUAUACAAACACCAGAUUUUUAUACAAGAGGAGUACAUUGUUGAGAAUCCACAUGCAGCAGAGAAGCCACAUAGAGAAAGGAGUCCGCGGGCACGCUUCCCGCCUACAUGAGAGGUACCGGUGGUGUGGCAUUUUGAGGUGUUUAUGCGGGUGCAUGUGUGGAUGGGAGAAUGCAGACUGAUGUCUGCGGUGAUUAACCCGCAGAUUUCUGCGUGUAUAUGCCUCCAAAUAGUCACAGUUCAUGACUGAAUGUGAGAGAGUAAUGCGGGCAACUGAGGCGACGGCAUCUGAUGUAGUUUGGUGCUUAGGAAGCUGGUUGGACUGGUAUCUGUGUAAUGGAUUCGCAAAUGACUGACCAAGCCGAUGUACGAGGAUAACGCAUGGUAAGAUUGUGCCCAGGAUAGACUAGGAGAUGUUGAGUCGGUUGUCGUUUUAAUGUUGUUAUUUGUGGCUGCUCUGACUCUUGGAGAGUUGAUUAGGCUAUGGAGGGGAGGGUGGGUGGAUGUGCAAGGUGUGUUAGUUGUAUCGAGGCCGCAGUGUGUUCCCAUGGGAUUGAAGUUCACGUGACCGAAUAGGCGUAGACAGUGUAGACAGCGAAGGCGGCUACGCGCGAGUGUGUUAGGGCUUCUGGUACUGAUGCGUCGGUCACAGCAUGAUGGGCCCGCGAGUAACUAACCAGGUCGUUGUGAGGUAAAUGUGUGAUUGCAAUCAGGACAGGUUGAAACCGAGUCCACGUAGCUGGAGGUGAGAAUGAGAAUGGUGAAGGUGGUGGAUGACUAUCCGUCGGGAGCGUUUUAAUAUCUGACUUUUUGUAUUCUUACUCUAGCACAUCAUCGGAGAUAGGCUAAAUGAGGAAUGCAUGGUUUAAGUAGACCACUUGUGCUCUUACCUGAUAAGCCCAUCCUGUUCUCUUCUUAUUGGCUCUCCUCUCGCGCGCGCACGUAGUGCCUUACAGCCUAAUAUAGCGCUGGUAGGUCACCAAUGCAGUUGGUCAAGUUGGCGCUGAUUGUCUGGCUUCGAUUACUUCUCUUACGAAGUUGCUUUCGGCUCGGCCGAGCGCUUGGACACCGUCAAAUUCGAAUCCGUGAUUAUUUUCUAGACUGUGCAUGAUGACGUGCAGCCAUACAUCGUUUCACUUUGCGGCUAAGGCGUGCUCAUGCAUGCGCGUCCUAAAUCGUUUGUCGGUCAUGCUGCAUUAGCUAGCCAGACAUCCUAGACAGUUGACGUGGUAAAUCACGCCUGACGUGUCCGCAGGCGGUAACUGGAUGAGUAAACGGCGAAUGCUGGCCUCCGCCCUGCGUCCAACACCCACGCUAGCGGUCUUAGUAUACGCUCAAUGACUUCAGAGACGUUCCUCAAGUAAAACAAAACACGGAAGAUUUCAGAUCCUUUUUUAUUCUCAUCGUCGACCCCCGUGUGUCUUUGGUAUAAGUAAUUGUAAUUGUAAUUGUUUACAAAACUGCGCAGAAAUCCGUUGGCAAGGAAGAGGUGCCAUGGGGUUUUAGACUACCACAGUUUCUCAGUUUUUGCGCCGAAGUGUGUGUUGAUGUAACGAAAAUUCUCUGGACGCAACUGCGUUUAUGCGGCAGGGGUAUGGUUUCUGUUGUAGUAAGGAAUUUCUCCGUGUUUGUCGCAUUUCGAAGGAGAACAGUCUGACAGGUUCUGUCUUCCUGUCUCGGUAACCGGGCGUCGAAGAAAGGGAGCACCCCGUCAUUUUUUUCCUUAUGUUAAACUGGAAAACCGAGUUUAAUUCACUUUUAAAGUUGUCUUUUGAGCCUCGACGUAGGAUGACAAAUGUGUCGUCUACGUAGCACAUCCAGAAUUUCGGCUUUUAGGGGUGAAAAAUCCGAGUCUCCAGUUCCUGCAAGACCGCCUCAUUCAGGUAGCCGAAGAAUAGGGACCCCAUUGGGACGCCCACUGGUUGUGCCACUCUGAAUUUUUCUUUAACGAUUUCGUAUGCGGCAUCUAGGUCGGUAUGCCGACUGAUGCAUGCCUCAUCUGAGUGCACUGCUUCUGGGAAUUCGCGGUCUUUUUUGUUGGGCGGACGCCAACAACACGAGUGCUUUCCUACACAAUUGCAUGUCCAGUGUCUAGUGUGUGCAUGGUCACCUGGGAUAUAUGGUCGCGUCUCCUUAACUCUAACUGAUGCUCAUGUAUACGGGUUAAGACAGAUCUCCCAAUAUGACCCCAGUAGACGGCCGGAACAUGGGACUUUGUACACAGCACCUUUUUAUCGAGGCAGCCAACCCUGUCUUUCGGCUGUAAGAGCUGCGUGCGUAAGGUAGUUGCCGGCUGGUGUGCUAUGUGUAUCUGAUGUUGUUUAAUUGAUCUCGACUAAUUCAGAUACAUUUUUCACGUGCGUAGAAAGUCGCCAGGUGGUAAGUUUUCGUUCCCGGGCGGCAGCAGCCUUAGAAAUACCCACUCCUUUGAAUUGCUGGUGCCUCAUGCAUAGACAUACAAAGUCAUGCGGGUACCCGUUUUGUGAAAAUAGUUUGUAGAGGUAUUCCGUUUCUUCUCGAUAACUAGCUCCAUCAGGUCUGUGCGUUUUAGCUCGAUCCAGAGGGCUGUGGAUUGUACUCCACUUGCGGGAGACAGGUUGGUUACUCUCAAAAUGUAGGAUAAUCUCUGAAUACGCCUUUUUGCGAUAAACUGACGCGUGAAAUGAUUAAUAAGUUUUUAUGGCGUACAAAGACAUCCAGAAAUGGGAGCUGUCCAUCAACCUCCGUUUUGAAAGUAAACUUGAUUUCUGGAAAUGUAAAAUGAAUAUUGGUAUGGAUUAGAUUUAACCGGCUUUUCUUGUCAAUGACAGAAUUGUUGUCUACGUAGCUCAGCCAAUUUUUGGGUUAAUUGUGAGAAGAUCCAUAGUUUUUUAUUCUGUCAGGAAACCGGAUAAGGCUAAACCCAUGGGAACACCUUUUAAUUGUCGUAAUAUUGGUUGGAGAAGGAAAAGUUCGUUUUCAGACAGAGACGGUCACACGGUCUUCAUCAAACACCACCAACUACCAGCCUGGACGGGCUCUUGGAUUUCAGCCGUCAUUUUUGUAAUCAUCCAUUCACGUGUGGAUUUUUAAAAUCUGUACACUACUCUGCCUAUUUCCCUUCGAUAUACUGACCUUUUUUGCAUGCCUUGUCUCCUUCAACACUCGCACUGAUGCCCGUGUUGAUCAUAUUUUGACCAACCACGGCAAGUUUUUUUGUGUUAAGAAUAGGGCUCCAUCGUCCGGCUCAAAUCAUUCUACUUUACUUGGUCUUCCGAAAAUCUAUUCCGCCUCUAAACGCGCACUGUUAUCCAAGUCAGAGAGAAAGGUUAAUGUUCGCAACACGUCUGCACAAAACAUUCACCUGCUCCAGAUUUGCAUAUCUCGUACAUUCCCCGCUUUCCUCAAACGAUCUAAUGUUGAAUCAUGUUCCUUCACCUAGCAGCGUUUUUGAAUGGAAUGUUUGGCAUCUGCUGUUCUCUUGAUUCUGUAAUGGUACGACCGGAUAGGAUCACUUUUCCAUAUCUACAACUUAUAAGACGAAAAAAGAACUACUUUGCAAGCUUGGCUUACGUGACAGCCUUAAGGACGUUACCGUCUGAAUAAAAACAGAGAUUGCCAGACCAAAUGGCCUGUGUGUUAGCCAGCUUUUUACCCCUUCUUCCUCCUAUUUUCCCCCUUCCUCCACUGAAAGUUGGAAGAAUCUUAAGAGUCUCACGGACCAUCGUAGCACACUGGUACAUGUCGAUGCUAAUUAAGACUCCUUAAACAAAAAAGUUAUCCUCAGUCACAAUGACUCCCAUCUUCCAUCAAAUGACAUACCCCUAUUACCAUGUGCCUUCCAACCCGUGUCUGUGGCAACGGUAGAGAAACACCUUAAAGAGUUCCGUAGGUCAACAGCUGCCGGACCGGAUGGUGUCUAACCUCUUCUUCUUAGAUGUUGUCCCCGGAUAGCCCCUAUAUUAACGCACCUCAUUAACAUGCUCUUCACUGACUCCAAGAUUUCUGACGCCCAGAGUACAGUGAGGAUCACUCCCAUCCCUAAAAUCUGCUAAUCUUAGUUAUAUAUCAUUUCGUCCAAUUGUCUGCUUUUCCGCACUACUAAAGCUUUCUGAAAGAGUUGCCCUAGAUAUUAUAAAGGCAUUCUCUUCCUGUUUUGCCGAUCCUCUACAAUUUGCAUUGAAAGUCAAACGUAGCACCUUAGAUACUGUUGCUACUGUGAUCCACUCUGCCGUAAAAGAAUUAGACAAGGUUGUCGCGAAUUAGCAUAUACUUUUCUUGACUACUCCUCUGUCUCCAAUAUCGUCCUGCGCCCACUUCUGCUUACCGAAACAUCCGCGUGCGGCUCUUCAGACUGAGUAGUCUCUUGCCUUAGUGAUUAUUUUAGUACCCAAACUCAAUUUGUCUAAUCUGGCAAGCGGAAACUUAUGGUCCUUCCCAAUGACUGUGGAGUUCUUCAAGGUUCCAUUCUAUCGCCUCACCUUUUCUCCCUCCACACCGACGAUCUAAGAUCCCUUAAACGACUGUCUUUUUUUUAAGUAUGCUGAUGAUGUGGUUGUUGGACACCCUCCCAAAAAUCGGACACACCUCCUGUAUCUGAACAAUGGCCUUGAACAUGUUCCAGAGUGGUCGGAGGAAAGUGGUCUCCCAAUGAACAAUCAAAUGUCAGUUUAUUGUCAAUAUAAGUGAAAAUGCAAUUCCUAUAUGCAUAUGAAAAAAAAGAGGUGUUCACCGGGAAGGGUUUAUUGGAGUUCCGACGUUUUGAGUAAUUGGUUCAUCUACCCAUCUUCAGAGACUGGGAAGUCCUGUGCACAUCUCCCCUUUUAUGGCGCAAUUUGUUCAGUGCGUGACCGCCAAUGCCGCCUGUGUGGCUGCAUCCAACCCGCAUGUCACCGUGACCUGAAUCGCCUCCGUCGACCGCGAAGAUGUCUGACGACCCCGAUCGUUUCGCGCCGUGACUGUUCCCCGUUAAAAAGGUUCGUAAAAUCAGAUAGGGGGAGGCAAAUUGAUGUGGAGGUUGACAGUGCAGUCGGUGUUCAUCCAGGCUUCUUGCACUUGCCUUGCUGUAUGAUGACCGUCCCGACCCACAUUCUCAACGGUGUCAAAGUUGAAGAUGUGUCUCAUUUGCGCGACAGGUGUUGCCACCUCCGACUUUGGGUACAACCUUCGCACAGCCAACUUAUGCACGUGCAUUCGCGUUUGCAGCCGUCGGCCGAUUUCCCCAACGUAGUCGCACCUUCCGCAGCUGCUUUGAAGUCGGCAGACAAUGGCCGAUAACUCCUGCUUGAGAAUCGGAUCUUUUGGCCGCAUCACUUUCCGGCGGAUUGUUAAGUCAGGUCUGUGGGCAGCACCAAUUCCGAUUGGCGCGAGGGAUCUAGCCACGGCCUCGGAGAACCCUUUGGUGUACGGAAUGCUGCAGCACGAGUUUGACUGACUAUGCUCUUCAUUCAGUCUCUUUGGCUGCCUUCGGCUCCGUUCAGUGAAUAUCCGCGGAUAGCCGUUGACUCUCAAGAGUUCUUGGAGGGGCAUUAUCUGAUCUGAUAAUUUUAUUUAAUGCCAGUUUACAGGCAUUGUCAAGGGAAGCGUUAAACAGAAAUCCGACCAGCAGUGAAAAAAACUCCUGAAGUAAAGGAAUAAAAAUACAGUUGAUGGUGGUUUUUAUGGUUUGGAGGGUUCAAGAGAAAAAACUGCUGGAGGCAUACAUUCGAAAGUCAAUAAGGGUGGGAGGGGGUUUGCACGGUAUCGGAGAUAAUCGGACGUCAAUUCCUUUCAUGAAGUUGAGGAUAGCCAAAGUAGAGGCGUUGAGGAACAGCUGUCGAUGUUGGCCAAAGAAAUUGUCCAUGGUCAGACAGGCCAUAGUGUUCAGAGACCACAAACGCCAUCGCUACGGUACAGCCGUUCAGUGGACUCAGCACCCAAAAUUUGUGGGAGCUUUUCUGAAUGCAAAAAUCGAGUAAUAGUUCUCUUAAAUAAAGGAUAAUUUUGCAGAAUUUUACAUUCCUGGGUAGUUUAUUCCAAAUAGCAAUUGCAUUUAUAGAAUAGAACCGAAGAUAUUUAACAGUACGUGCCAGAGGAACAAAUAAAAAGACCUCACGGUGACUGUUACGUCGUGGGUGGACAUGGUGUCUUAAAGAGGUGAGUGGGUUAAAUGUGUGAUUAUAUAAGAGUUUAAAUAGCAAAAAUAGUCCCUUUUGUAAUCUACGGAACUAUAAAAGAUCAAGGCCCGUAAGCCGGCAGCGUUCUUGGUAAGACAAAUGUCGGUGUUCCGGCGUUAAAAUUCUCUUGGUAAAAAAGUGUUGAACGGAUUCUAUUUUCUUUCGCUCAGUAGCAUGCAUGAGGCUAAAUAAAAACGAACAGUAUUACAGGCCAGGUCGAACGUACAUAUUGAAAAUGCGCAUUCUUAUGCACCUAGUUUUAAAGUUUCGGAGGAUAAACCCGGUCGUUCCACGUGCUUUGGAGACUAUCAAGGCACAGUGCUCCGAGAAAUUGAGACUCUUGGUGUAUGGUACGCCCAGAUCCUUAAUAACCCCAGACACAUUUAUGGCAUGACAUUCAAUACGUAGUUGAGGUUGGCGGUUGUCGUCAACUACCAUGACUGAGCACUUAUGCCAAGAAAGAUAAAGGCGCCAUGUGCGGCACCUCUGGGCGAGAGCCUUUACAUCGCUCUUUAGGAGCUCAAGCACGAUGUCAUGAUCUGCCGGCUUAUAUCGAUAUGCAACUUUAAGAUCAUCGGCAUACAUGAAAGGCUUACCAUUCUGGAAUAUAUCGGGUACAUCAUUAACGAAAAGGCAAAAUAAAAGCGGGCCGUGUACACGACCUUGAAUGACUCCACCCCUCACAUGUGUGGGGUUGGAGAUGGUAUUGGAAAUCUUAACACGUUGUGUACGAGUGCCAAGGUAAGUGGUUAUAAAAUUUAAAAGUUUGCCACCUAUUCCGAAAGAGGACAGUUUCAAGAGAAGAAGAGCAAGGUCAGCAUGGUCAAAAACAUUAGUGAAAUCGAAAUCUACUGCGUAAAGUGCAAAAACAUUGUCUGUAGAUUGGAGAAUAUAGUCAAAGAAAGAGAGUUGACAGGUGUCACAAGAUCGAACAUUGAGGAAUCCAUGCUGAGCAGCACUCAACAAGUUAUUCACUGUUAAGUGACACAUCAUCUUCUCUUUGAUCAAUGUCUCUAAGAUCUUCGAAACUGCGAGGAGGGUGUUCAUUGGCCGAAAGUCAUCAAAUGACGUAGAUUUGCUGUGCUUAGGAAUGGGCAAAAUGUGUGAUUCCUUCCACAAGGUAGGAUAAGUUUCACUUUCAAGAGCGAGAUUAAAUAUCUUGCAUAAGAGGGAUGGGAAAAUCGUAUUUGCAUCGGAUUAUAAAAUGCUUACUCGGACACCAUCGGGGCCUGGACUAUAAGAUUGACUAAAACGCCGAAUGGCAACAGUCACGUCCCACAGAGUGAAAGUGAUAGUAUCAAGAACUGCCCCGGUCAAUCCCUGGAUGUUCGGAAGCGGAGUGGUCGAGACUUCAAUAAACGUUUUGGACAUGAAAUCAUUGAAGCUGUCAGUGGUUAACUGAGCAUCAAUUAUGGGAUUUCCGAGAGCGUCUCGGAGGAUGGGAUGCUGCGUCUUUCGCUAAGUUCGUAUUUUUCUAGAGAAAAGUUUCGAGACACUUAACGAAUGGUUUUCGGUAAACUGGAUCUCCUCGGCUAGCUGUUUUUCUUCAGACAGUCUCAUAGCCCGCCCAAAAAUAUCCCAAAUCAAGGGCGGGACAGAAACGUCAUUCUGAAGAUGGAAUCGACGAGAAAGUCCGCGCUAUCUACGACGAAAGGGCAAGCGUAGGAUAACCUCAUUCCCAACAUUAAUAAUUUUCUUACGGGGGACAAAACGUGAAAUAAGCGGAUCCAAAAUUUCGUACAGUUUUGCGAUGCAAACAUUUACGUCCGAACAAAGGAAGAAAUCAGUCCAGUCGUAGGAAUUGAGGUGUUUUAAUAAUUCGGUUGACCGAGUUGAUCGGAAAUCGCGGGAAAAUUUAUACUUUGUGGAGGACGUUUUGUCAGCCUCGAAUUCCAACGUUGAAACAACUAUGUCAUGGUCUGAGCCCCCCAUUGGGCCUAGGGAUGACACUAACGAUGGCAUGCAUCCUCUACAGUAAAUUAGGUCAAGAAUGCUUGAGCCUCGGGUGGGAAAAUCGACAACCUGACUCCACAUCCCAACAUUCACAGCCUCAAGAAGUCUUCGAACCUUCUUGGGCCUGAAGGCGGAGACCAGCGGACUUCCGGAAGAUUAAAGUCACCCGCAACCAAUUGAUACUUAAAGCUUAAGUCGGCCGCAGCAUGAAAUGCCAGUGAGAGUAAACGAUCGAAUUUUUCGUUGGCGUUGGGAGGGCGAUAAACACAGUCAACGUGUAAGGAGAACCUAUUUUUUAGAGCAACCUGCAGCCAGCAGCUGCCUUCUACUGCGGAAAAAUGCGGGAGGUCAAGCGGCAAACAUGUAAGUGUUUGCUUAACGUAGACGCAACUGCCCCCAUCACGGCUGUCUUGGUGAUCAUUUCGAAUGCAAUUAUAGCCUAGAAGAGAGAGUUCGGAGUCGGCUACGGAGGCUGACGCCCACGUCUCAGUUACUAAAACAGUAUCUGGACAGUGGACGAACACCAGAGUCUGAAGCAAGGGCAUCUUAUUAAGCAAGGAUCUGACAUUUAAAACAAAAAGAUUCAGGGGAAAGGCUGUUUGUUUCUAAGGGAGGUGGGCUAGGUCGUCCAGUGCUUGGCUGCCCACGGAGCAAACGGUUCGGAUGUAACCAUCCGGUUCUGCAAACAAAUUUUGUGGCAUCAAAAGAUUCUGACGUGGAUAAAACGGGGUAGGACUUGGGGGAGGAAAUGACGGGCAAGUAAACUGGUAAGCAUUGUUAGCUAACUCAUUUUCAGCUGGAACUCCGCGGGCCAGAUACUGAAACACAUUCUCGCCUGAACGAAUCUGAGGAUCGGAUGAGUUAACUGAUCCAGUAUGGACAUUAGCAUGAGGAAUACACUGAUAAAACGGCCGUGGUGGAAACAAGUUAGGGGAUGGAGGACGCAUUGUUUCCAUUGGAGCAAGAGUUCUAUUAAACGGCCGGAAAAUCGGCACAUUCGGCCAAACUGCCACAAAAUGAGGGCUGGGGGGCAGUUGGGAACACGCUGUGUUUUGAGUCGGGAUGUUUGAGGCACUGUUAGCCGAUUGUUGAGGAAAAGAUUUUCCUGCUUUGCUCAGAAAGAACUGUUUAUUUUAAAACGAGUCUUCCGUACGCUCUUUUCUAUCGCUGGUGUUUCUUAUCAUUUUAGUCUGUAUUAUCCUCUAACGACAUUUCAUGACGGUCGAAUUCUGGAUGAUGUUGACCAUUCCUUGCAUCCUGAUCUUAUUUCUGCGAAGUCCUCCCGCCCGAUGUGCCGCGGCUUCCGACGUAUCUCUUGUCGCACAUCGGCAUAUACAGAUUCUGUAGUAUCAUCCCCGACGCCCCAUCUUACGUGUGAAGAGAUAGAAAAACUGAAACUAUGACUUGAACUGUCCACGUGAUAAUCAUUCUUUUAGUUCUAAACAUUUUAGCUCUUGUGUGAUCUAUGAACGUAUUUACUGCCCAUAGUGAAUGGUGCCCAUUUUUGUCGAAAAUGUUGAAUUUAUGUUUUCAAACUAAGGCAAAUUCCUCCUUCUCUCUCUAAAGUACGCUGGCUAUGAUAACUGAUAAAUAAGCAGCCGCGAACCAUCGGCAACAACGCCACUAGGGCUUGUGUUGCUGCAGGCCAUUAGUCAUAUGAAAUGCCCUACGUCGGAUGAUGUCACUGCGACAUAGUGACUGUUAAUCGUCAUUUAACAGACUCCCUUGCUACUGCUCUUCCGUCAUUAGUUUCCUCAGCUAAAAGUUUUAAGAAAAUAACUUCCUACAGAUAACCGGAAGAUAGCUGGAAUCUCCCCGUAUUGAAAUGUCAUAAAAAUCCUCUUGAAAUUAAAUUACACUUCAACGUAAUAUGCUAGAUCUACGGCGAUAUGAAUCACAAUCACGUACAUCAGACCCAAUCCGGCAGUGAGUGUGAGUAGCAGGCGAGUUGGACGACUCAGUCGCAAACGGACACAUGCUAGAAACUAGAAUGGGUUUGGGGGUUAUCAAGACCUAACGGUGAACUCUUACACUAUCCCACAUUACCGUGUCCGCACGGCCCUCCAUUCCGGAACUGGCGGAAGGCGAUCUUAUUUACGUUUUCCACCUGAUUGACUAAUAUGUGUGUGUUUCAUGUGACGUUUGGAAACUAUUGUUCGAUCUUCCGUGGGUCUGUUAUCUACAUCGUUGUAUGCAAUGAUUUUAUUUCACAGGUAGUAAAAAGUAAAGUGCGUUUUCUUGCCAUGAUCCAACACGUUCCGAAAGUUGUUAGCGCCCUGUAAAUUUUUUUGUCUUGAGCCUUAUAUAAUUACCUCUAUAAAUUUCAGUUGAUUAUUCAUCGCCUACUCAAUUUUUGAUCUGCGCUCAGCAUAGACAGUCAGUUAUGGUUUUACUCCACUGAAAUUAAGGCGGCGGAGCCGACUCUGCGACUCGAAAUGAUGCGGAGUGUGGCUCCUUCUCUGCUGCUUGUUGGAAUCAAACAAGUACGCCUACUUAUUUAUGCCGUUUAUGUGAUUUUCUUGGGUGUUUUUUACUGGCUUAAACCCAGUUAGUAAGAGGCCUGUCUUAAUAGAACAACAGGCGAUUUCGUACGCGUCCUUUUUUAAAAGUCGCUGUGCAAGUCCAACCAAAAUGCAAAUUCAGGCUGAUUUGUCCCUUUACUCACAUCACUGCUUAUUUUUUCCGAUUUCAUGCUUUUUGUCCCUGUAAUAGAAAGAUUUGGGGUUUGGCGCGUGUCAAUAUGGACCCUGAUAACCUUGCACUAGCAGGUCAUAUUUGAGGGUUUGUGUGUGGUCAGUAAUGUGUUUUUAUCUUUUCGCAGAACUUGCGCCAAGCUACAUCCGGUUAGAUUGUACCUACAGGAACUACUGGCAACAGUCAGUCAAUCACAAAACCACCCCCAGACUAUCCGUAAGAGCUAGCCAAGAGCGAAUGUAAUGCUCUCAGAGGGACAUGCAUGCAGAGUAAACUUAUCCCAGAAAAUGCCUGAAUGGGAGUCGGUACUCGAUUACUGGUAUUGCACUUAACAGAAUUGAUCAGUCCAUUUUAAUUCCACGCCAACACAUUUAAGACCCUAAUAUAUGCAGUGAUUAGGUGGAACGCAGCUAGUAUGUACAGGGUAUACAAGGAACGCACUGCCGUCGCGCGAGCAAUUGAGCCCCCAAACUCUAACGUUAAUAAGUCUAAAUUUAAGAGAAUGUUGCUGGCGAACUUCACCAAAGAAGUUGUGUUAAGUGGCCAGCGACUCUGUCAGCACCAACCCCGUCUAGUCCCUUCAGGCACCGCGGUGCUGGAAGGGGCGUCGUGGACGCCAGUUACAGAUUGUCUUCGGCCGCGUAAGUGUUACCUAUCCCCGCCGGUUGGCUCAGGUUAUAUUUAUGUUGCCGAUACUGACGGUUGUGACUGCGCUGGGAACUAAGACGACUGCACGUGUAAGUAUUGGCCUCUACAAAACCAGUGCUAGAAGUCUCGCAUAGGCGGUAGAAAAACGCAGCUCUUUUAGUUAGGCCGUAACGGCCGAUUUUCAAGGCAAUGGGCGAAUUUUUAUUGUUAUACCUGGAAUUUUUCUUAAACCCUAAUUUUUGAGGACUGCAUCGUGAGGCCGAAGUGAUCGUCUGUAAAUAAUACGAAGUCCGGCCAGUGUGAUUCCGGCAUUUCCCUGGAUAAGUUAGAGACCCCCUUUGUGAUCUGAUGUCAGUCUGUUAGGAUUUUCCAAGGGUGCCAGAUUAGCUGAAGUUAUCAUAAAAAUAUUUUCAGCAGACUUGUCAAACAGAAACGUUUUCUUUGUACUAUCUGUUGAUUAUCCUACGCCCCUCCGCUGUGCGUGGAGAUUUUUGACGCUGUCUUUAUGCAUAUUUUAUUUUCUGUAGGAAGAAACAACUCCCCCGGAAAGUCAUGAAGUUAAGCCUUACAGGGUAGUCCUGGCAUUCUUCUUGAUAUUUUUUCGUUAAGGCUACUGAUUCAGUCCGGCCAAGUCGACCUGUAAGACAUAUUUGCGUUAUAAUAAGGUGGGUCUUAUCGAUAGCGUCAGUGCCGGCGAUCCUUCCCCGAAUACGAAUCCGCACCCAGUGAAAGUGAUUGGGAAAGCAGUGGUGACGAGUGGCAACCUUCACACUCUCCAGCAUCAUCGCGUUUGUCAAACAAAACAAAAAAUGGAAGGCUGGCGCCCUCGAGUGCAUCAAAGACUCAAACAGAAGAAUCAAAUACAGCCGACAGUUUGUCAAUUCCUGUCACCGAAUCAUCUGAAGCAGAAGCGCAUAUGGGCGCGGGUCUUUCAGGUUUCCCCUUAGUUUUUUAGGCUUAUCCUUUUAGUAGAAAUGAUUUGUCCUAAACGCGAAAUUGAAGACCCUAAAUCCCAGGAACAUUCUGACAAUCUUGAAGAUGUCCGCCAUUUGUGUGAGUGUGACUUACAUCGAAAACCAAAUAUUUAUUUUAUUUUCUUCUCUCACGCUCAUGUUACUUGAUGGUUAUAAAACUUUAUUAAUAUUGACCAAACUGUGAAAAACUUGGCGCCUCAGUGGAAUUCGAACCCAUGACAGUAAGGGGAAGGCUUUAGUAAACCAACGCUCGAACCACCUGAGCUACGAGGCCCCGCUGGACGACGCGAGUUUAAUCACACUUGGGUUAAUUUACCCGCCCAGCCUACUGCAACGUCUGGACUUCACCAAAUCUGAUACAAUAAGUUGACUGCCCAAGCAGGAUUUCCUAAGUAAUUUAUCUAGAAUCCACCAGAUGACUACCAGGCUCACAUAAUUCAUAGAUAUUUUGGCAGAUUUUGAAUAAUUCAUACCGACCCACCUGUGGAAAACUUGGUGCCUCGAUGGGAUUCGAACCCACGACAGUAUUGGCUGGUAACUUGAUCCAAAUGUGAUUAAACUCGCGUCGCCUGGCGGGACCUCGUAGCUUAGGUGGUUAGAGCGUUGACUGUAUUAAAGCCUUCCCCCUUUUGUCGUAGGUUCGAAUCGCACCGAGGCGCCGAGUUUUUCACAGUUGGGCCAUUGUAAAUCAUUCCAAAUCUGCCAAAACAUCUAUGAAAAACCUAAUGAUUCAAUUGCGGUUCCCUAGCUUAUUAAUUUCCAGAGAACGUAAUUUGCAUGCCAUUAUCCAGAUAUGUAGUUCGAAGUAUUGUUUGAGUCAUUUCUGAUUAAUAUAGCUGCAUAUGUCAUAUUGCGGACUCAAUGAAGCUUUAUGAAGAACAAUCGUUCGCCUGUCUGCCUUAUUUCAGGCCUGGACCGGUCAUAGGGGGAAUCUUAUCACAGUCAUUUUCAAAACCCUAAGGGCAACAGCCCUUUGAAGGGGAUAACUAGAAAAGUCAGAGCUGUAAUUGAGCUUUUGUUAGAAACCUAGCAGACGAAUUUCGACUCAUGUUGAGUGGCGAAUCGCACAUUUUCAGAAAUGAAAACCGAACACGCCUAUAAAAAUUGGAGCCUUUUGCACGUUUACCACAGGCAAACGUUUGGACUUCGGCGGAAGUCAUCUUCUUUCGUCUCCAGCACUUGUGCAAGUGACGCUGAAUCCACUUAAUAUGCAGCUUUUUGGACGUAGAACACAUGACUUGAUAGAUAGUGUAUCUGGCCUACUGCCUUGUAGAUCACUGCGGAAAAUUUUCGACACUCAAAUGCGCUAGUCGAUAUCAGCAAGAAAGCGUACUUCAGAAUAAAGUUGCAAUGCAGAAGGCUCGGCCACUGGGGCGAGGAUUUUAGCAGUCCGAAUUUUGCGGAAUUGAAGUGCAGUCCUUCAGCAGAAACAACAACAGUCAAGGGCAGUGAAUUCACAGGAGUUGUAGUUUAUGACGCACUUGCUAUACUAUCAUACAUCUAUCGAAAUUAGUUUCCACGUUCAUGACCGAUAGUCGUGUUUGUUGCGAUGAUAGCCCAAUCGCCCUCAUGCAAAUCGUUAAUUGCAACGAUUUUGUCUCCAGUGUUGGUUACUUGUCGCGACAAUUGCUGUACCCUUUGGCCCACUAAUACCGUCGUUGGAAGCAGUGUUCGCCCGCGCCUCAUGACUAAUAACUCCUCACAGGCAGAGAUUUAGCUUUGAAUAUGGGGGAAGACAGCAUCUGUUGGUGGAGUGGGGCUCGUGAAACCAUUACUCAAGCAGUUUGCAGCUCACACGAUUAAUGUUGAACUUCUGGGCAGUGUUGCGAGCUCCAGUCAUCUUAUCAUUUUAUUUUUUUUUCGCCCCCAUAUUGCAUUGUAGUCGAAGAGUGCCAUAGAUUUCUUAAGUAAUCCCUAACUAUAUGAAUCUACACAAUCUUCUUCAGGAGGGGAUGAUUUACUGGUCUUCAGACAUGGUAGCCGCUUGUGUCCAUGACUUUCUAUUCACUCCGCCAGCAAUUUUUCAGAUUUAGCUCGUAGGACCUCGUCGAUAGUUCUUUGGUAAACGGGUAAAUCCAGUUGGCCAUAGCUUUUAGCAACAGUCUGAGGCAUCUUGCAAUCCUUUUAGCCAGCCGAGAUUGACAGUAAUGUUUGAUAAGUGUCUGUGGGCAAUCCUGACUUGAUAACUCUGUUUGCAUUCGUCGUUAUCAUUAUUGCCCACUUUUGACGUGUCUGCUGACCAAACAAAAUCAGCGAGAGGUAGGCCUUUGGGUAGCAAUUCCUAAGGUUUUACGGUGCGUUGCUACACCACAGCCAAGUGAAGGGUCAUGCGUCUAGACGCAUUCAGCGUGUCGCGAAGGGAAAAUGCUUGUCGACUGCACUGCACUUAGUCUAAAAUACCUGUACGUUGUAUUUAAGAAGGCUUACUCAUCAGUAUUUGCCUGUCCGACGACAAGAGUUUAUACCGCUUUCUCGAGUAGGGCAUGCUUUGACCAAUCAGACCUUUUGAUCGUUCACGAGAUCACUACACAUCUAGGCGGACAAAGUCUUUCUGUUGCGGGGAAGGCCCCGUUUUGUUUGUCGAAACGUCUUUUUAGUAAUCCGAUGAUGUGACGCCAGCCUGCAGCUUUAUUUGUCCAGUAUGAAAAUGACGAAGAAAGAGAAUGAACAUUCCGGUUUUGUUUGAAACUAACCCUUUUUGUAUUUCAGCACGGCGAAAACACACGUGUGGGCUUUGUGGCAAGUCCUUUGUAUACAUGAGUCACCUGAAAGACCAUGUCAACGGUGUCCACGAAAGUACUUUCCCCUUUAUUGGCCGACUGUUCCUCUUUGUCGGCGAAUUCUCUUUUAAUGUAUGUUUUUGUUUUGUCGCACAACGCUUACUCAAAGCCAGCCUCUGCACCCAGCUCCGCUGCCAGUCGUCAUGACGUAGUUUUACCGCCGGUCUGGUCAACUUUUUCAAUUUUCGUAGAAUAGUCCUACCAUCUAGCUUCGUGCUUUGACUGUUUGGAACCUGGAAAUCAGUAAACGUCAAGUAAAGAUAAGUUGCACCUGUUACCAGACCUCUAAAGUUUAGAGCAGUCUUUACGCGGUCCAGAAGUAUUGAUCGCUCCAACACUUACUUAUGCCGGAAAAAUCAACUGUUUUCUCGAGAGCUUGGCGGCAUUAACACAAUGCCACCCUCCUAGAAGCGCUUUUCAAUCGAUAGUGGUUACGCUCUGUUCCCUAGAUUAAUCUUCAAUCAUCUUUCCAGCGAACGACUACACCCAUUCUCACGAGUAGAAUCGCGUUCUUCGAUUAUUUUACUGCAGCAUCAACUUGUGUGGUAAAAUUUUAAGCUUAUUAGGUAUGGCAAGGCCUCUUAUCAACUAAAGCCUGGUUGUUUUUUUUGCAGAAAUCCGAGCAUAUUCCUGUGAACUGUGUACAAAAUCCUUUAGGAAGAAGGCAGACCUGAAAAUACAUAUCGACGGCUUCCACAAACGUGCGUUUUUUUCUCGCGCUUACCUGCUUACCGUUUUUUGUUAUUUGACAAGUGCACUUUUAUGCAGUGUCUACUUUCUCCUCGAAGCCUGUUUGGGCCGCAGUGUCUAUGCAGACGACCAUGCUUCCUAAACGUAGGGCCUAGUGUCAUAUCUCUGAAGCUUGGUGCUAUUGUCUUCGAAAAGGGGGGCGCGGUCGUAUGCUCCUCAGCCAAAGUUUCUGAUACCAUUUUACGAACUUUUGAAACUUUGAAUGACAUCUUGCCGGCAGCCUGUGUUCUAAUUGAUCGGAAAGCAUGCGCGCACAAAACAUCAUUCUCAACUCUCUCUCAGGUUAUUACUGAGUCUUUAAUCUGUACGGCGGCCUUAGUACGCAGUGCAAACACAGCAGUGACUCUGACACCUGCCACUGUCCUGGUAAAAAUAGGAGAAGAGGGGCUUCGACCGCCAAAGGUAGUAAGACCCACCAACUGCCCUUCGGGGUGGGCUCAUCAUCGGCGACUUGGGCGUGCAUUUGUCUAAAGUUAAGUAGUCUUGCGCAGCAUCUACCGCACUUUCCUCAUCGACAUUUAUCUGAUGGCAAGACAACGUCAAGACGGGCUAAACUGCCCAUCUACGCGAUUGCACUCACUAUAUUGUCUCCAUUAUAUGUGCCAAGCUUCUGUAAGGGGGGGGGGGGGCUCACGAUUGUCACACUGAAUAGGAGCCAUUGCGGUCCGACUCUGACUAAUCCUGUCACUCUAACAUAAUCCCAUGUGGAGUAAUGCAUCCCGUCAAUUGGCAACCUUCAGAGCCACGACUCUUAGCUUGUUGUAACGAAAUCAAGCACGUCAGAUUUAAUAUGAUGAGGGAGGUCCUGAUUUGCCGCGAGAACGGAUUCCACUGUGCCUUUCCUUUCCCUUGCAUCAGCUGAAUGUGGACGCCUGCCAGUCUGGGGAUGACAUUUGGAUCAGUGACUGACAAAGCUAAGCAGUCCAAAAACGUGUGUCACAAACUUCACCACCUGGUCCUACUUUGUUUGCCAGGUUAUUGUAAGGGUUUUAAAGUAACGUCAACACAACAACCCUUGUGAUGUCUAUUCUGCACCAAGGGUGACAACCGCAUGUGUCGCGGGCCGCAUAAAUCGCGCAGUUCUUCGGUCCCCAAUGCUUUAAAAAUCUCAGUAACCAAUAGAAGCUAAGAGACGAUCGCUGGGACAAGAGCUUUAUUAGCCUGACGUUUCGGAUUCCUGCUCGAACCUGUAUCUGCUUUUGUCUCUGAUGAUGGGUUCGAGCAGGAAUCCGAAACGUCAGACCAAUAAAGCUCUUGUCCCAGCAAUCGUGCCUAUUUCAAUCCCAGUAACCUCCGAUCUGCAUUUCUGGCGCUAAGUCUUCGUCUGGGAAAGGGUGCGGGCAAAUACCGUUAGCAGUGACGGCUCCAGAGAGCCCAAUUGUCAAGUCAUUGCCACACUAAUAAUCAGCGUUGGUGACUCAGUCGCGACAGUUAGUGACUCAGAUAAGGACGAGCAAGCAGCCAUCGCACUAAUUGCGGCUUACUGUGAUGCAUACAGGAGCUAACAUGUGCUUGCUUUGCAACUGCGUCCAGUAAAUACUGCACUUGUUACGCGUCUACCAUCCUUGUCUGCGACUCACUCUAAUGGGGCUUUCGAGUGAGGAUCGAACCGCCGACGAUGAGAUCUCCAUCCUGUCAACUGCAUCGUAGGACUCAUAUUUUCGCGUCUGUCCCUAAUCUCGCAACCUGUGUGCUGCAUGCAUUAUGCUAGCCGACCGGCUCAUUCGGCAAAUGUUCUUCGGUCUUAGUGUGCCGUACGUACGACGAAGAGCCGUUUUCACUACUUUACGGGGGUGUUUAAUGCAAAUAUGGAUCGAACCAAAUAUUAAACGACAUAUUUGAUGCAACUGAAGUUGAUUUUUGAUGCUUUUCUGUUUCAGAACUGCGAAAGUACACCUGUGAUAUCUGCUGCAAGACCUUUAGGGAAAGGAGGACCGUGAAAACACAUAUAGACAGUGUUCACAAACGUAGGUUCACACUUCGUUUACCGGUUCACCGUUUGCGUUCUUAAACAAAUUCAGUUUUUUGUGACCUUGCGGUCCUUCACAAAGUUUGUUUUCCCCCUGUUUCUUAAUGCUACUCGUGAUGUACAAGGUUUUCGGGACAAAGGUAUGGUAUGUAGCCUCCCUGGGAAGACCGUAGUUAGCUACAAACCCAAAGCCUGCAAUGAGAACUCUCUAAUCCGUAAGCAUUUUAGGAAAACUCGGAUGUAGACGUAAAGUCAGGCCCUAAAACGCCAACCGCAGCCCCAACCCCAAGUCCGAACCAUAGCUCAGUUCUAGCAACCCUAGUAUCAAGAAUAACCCAACAUACACCAAUUCUAGCCGCUGCCCAAAGCCUAACCUUGAGCCCACAACGGGCAACUUUAAUGUCGAUAACACAAUUGAAGGUUGAAAUCCACUUCCUCCAAAAUUGCCUUUGCGAUCUACUGCCAGUCAAACCGUAAUGAAAUACGCCUAACUACGUAAAAUAAAAAGAUGGGCUUUUGGUCAACCAUCUAGGGGGUUACAUACCCUACCCCUACCGUUUCGUCCAUUGUAUGUCUCACGGAAUGUGUACACAGCAUCGGUAAUUUGCAGGUAAUUUAGUUUAUUGUGAGGCGGCCUUGCGUUACAUCUACCUCCUCCACUUACCUUGCUUUGAUGGCAAGAACAUGUCAAGAAGACUGGAGGUAGGCUCUGGAGUAGUGACUGGGAACGCUGAGCAGCCCGUCUGAGCGUGCCACGCACGGACCGCUUUUUACUACGCGUGCCGGGCCUUUGCGCGUCCGCCACGUCACGGCAAUCGCCUUGACAGAGGGCUGUCUCUCUCCCUGCCUGCAAGAACGAGCAACUGUUUUGUGACAUGCAUAGACUGGGGGAUUUGAUGGCACCAGCCGCUUUCCUUGAUGCCCUCUCCAGGCGACUUGUUUCCAACCUACUACAAGUAUCGUAUGGGAAGGGAUGGGUGGGGAAGCCUAUCGUGGGGGAGGUUUUCCGGACUGCGGCCAGUCCAUGCCUUAUUCAUUAUGAAGAACCUGAUCUGCUGCCGCUCGUAUUCUUUAUAGGAAAUAUUCUUCCGGUCCUUCAUGAUCGUUCUAGAGGUUCAUUUGGGACAGUACUUUUAGGGAGUUAAGGACUUAGACGGCCGAGGCAGAUUAUGAUAUUUUUCCUUACUGUAUGCGUUUUGGUGUGAGAUAUGUGGCAUAGACUUUGUACGAAAGGGAGACAUGACGAAUCAUGGUAGUGCUGUCCACACAAACGUUUUUUCUCCCCAAACUGACCUUUCAUUUAAACCGUCUUGCACUUACGUCCUUCAUUUUGUGCAGACUUCACGCCAUUAAUUUUUCCGAAACAUGGGUUUUUUUAAAUACAGCAUUUAACGACGCCCAAUGCAGGAUACUGCGUGCACAACACACUGUUCCCAAAACAGCUCGCGCUUAUUUUUGAGCCACCCUGUGUCCACCAUCAGCACGAGAUCACCUUUAAUCGUUCUAAACUUCACUCCUUUCAGGGCUUCGAGUGUAUUCGUGUGAGACUUGUGGCAAGGCCUUUGUGGAUAGGGGACAUCUGAGGAAUCACAUCCACGAUAUUCACAAACGUAUGAUCUUUUAUUCAUCUAUUUAUCCAUUCUGUCCUUCGAAGAUUUCACAGUUGUUGUCCGUGUGACAUUUGUGUUGUCUUCUAAAAAACAAUGCCGUGCUUCUGCAGGAGGCAACUCAAAUCAUGAAAUAAUAACUGAAAUUAUGAAAUGCGGUUUCCGUCCGAAAUAUUUGCCUAGGCGGGGUUGUCAUAUUGAUUAGCGUGCAAUAUAAUACCUAGACGUUUUAAUCACACCAGUAUGACAACAUUUUAAUGUACGUUUUAUCGCCAGCCUACAUGAAUUGCAUUCACUUGGAAUGGCUACCUAAGUACUUUGAAUUUGUUUAUUCAUUUGAAAUACCAUAUAAAUCCAGACAUAUUUUGUAAAAAGCAUCCACAUUUAGCUCGAGCUAUGUGACCUGCUGUAAGUCACAUGACCCCCGUGAAAGACAGUAUGAUUUAAAUACUUUGCAUUUGUACAUUCUAAGCUUUCAUUGCUCUUCCAGAUCCACGUAUUAAGAUACCAAACAAGCUGGCCACAAUAAAGGAUCGUAAAUUAUUGUUUUGGCAGGGUUCACAGCCUCAGAUUGCCAAAAUCGAGAGAUCCAGGAUGACAAUUUGAAAAAUAAGAAGGGAUCGUUGAGGCCUUUUUAUUUUUUUGAAAUCCACAACCCUUCUCGUCCGCCAAUUACUAAUCGCUACACCAUCACCCAUAUGGGCUCUAUUCUAAAGCUUGAAGGCCAGAGAACUCUCAUUUCCGCCCUGCGUUCAGGACAGAUCAAUUAACCCAACUCCCGCUUGACUUGGAAAGUAGAGAUCCAAAUGUAGCUCCUUGCCCAAAGCAGUCAUUUUGCAGCCAAUCUGUUUCUUCUUUCAUUUUUAAUGAUUGAAAUCAGGUUUUUGAAACAUUGACCUAUAUAACGUUAUUAAGUCGGCGUAGUUUAGCUAAGUCAUACCUAUUUCUAUCGAUUAUUCCUCAUUAGCUGUGAUUUCUCAGAACGAGGGUGGCUGGGUGAGCCGGACGGGCAGCGUAGUCUUUGCAGCGUCUAUUCGCUCGAGAGAGAGAGGGGGGGGGAGUGGAUUAGAGUGUUCGAAUUAGAGGAGCACGCUCAUUUCCACAAGCCCACAGGGAGAGGUGGGCGUGUGGGGCGAACUUGAUGACAUCUUCCUCCCAGAAGUCGCAGUUUCGCUUAUAUCGACGAUGACUUAGUAGUCCGCCGAAUUUCCUCGAAACGGAUGCUGGGGAAAGAGCUUCUUCCUCUCAACCAUACACCCCUUCAAUUCCGAUAAUUUUCCGGCGUCCAUUAACUCAGAACUCGUUUUUUAGGAGGCAGGCCUCUCCCUUUAACGCGUCCUUCCAGCCCUGUCGGCCUUCCAGUGAAAGUUUGUGUAUUGCCUUGUGCCAGUACUUACUUUUACUUGGUACGGCUGCGAUCAUGCCUGAUCUAGCCGGCCUAGAUGAUGUCCCGAACUGCACUUCCCCACGCGUGACGAUCCGCGGCAGCAGAUCUGGACAGUUCAACCCAUUCUCUUCGCCAACGACGCAGACUGAAUACCGAAGGUCCAAGAACCACCUCCAUCUCUUGACGAAUUGUCCCGAGCCAAGUUUUAAGUUGGCCCCCUCUUCGGCGCCUCCAGUGGGGUGAUGAUGCCGGAUCGAGGGUAGUAACACUGAGCUCCUGAGGAGGACGACGAAGAACAUGCCCAAACCACCUUAGUUGUCUUUCUUGGGUGGCCUGAGUUAUCCUUGCGAUAUUGUCGCAGCGAGCGCGGACUACUUCAUUUGAAACAAAGUCGGUGCACUUCACUCGACAGGUAGUCUUCAAUCAGUGGUGGUCAAAUACGUCCAGUUUUCGCUCGUCAUCCACGCGCACAGCGCAGCAUUCACAACCAUAGAGAAGGAUACACUGGAUAGACGUAUGCUACACGCAAAUCUUAGUAGCGAUGGGGAGAUCGCGUCCGAUCCGUAGGCAUUUUCUAAGGAUCGAAAAAAUCCGCUGGACAGCAUCAGUUGUAUCUCGGCACCUCAGACUCGUCGCUUCGUUGAGCGGUAGGGGAGAGUAAGCUAGUGUCUGUCACCUAGUAGGAGGUUUUCGUGCGUACUACGACAUUUGAUUGUUCUUCAGAUCGAAGUUUUGGACUUUAUGAUAAAUAAGUGAUUUUUCAUUUAUUUUUCAGAACUGCGAGAGUUUACAUGUGAAAUUUGUGACAAAUCUUUUGCUCGGAAAGGAAGCCUAACGAGUCAUGUAGAUGUCAUCCACAAACGUACGCUUGCUUCCUAACAUUUAUUCCUCUGUGAAAUUCCGCCUUUUAUCUCGUACGCAUUUGUUCGUUAACGCUUUUGCGCGCUUAUUCUUAAGUACUCCUUUUUACUAUAAUUUGCCUGCGAAGGGUUGCGCGGGUGCUUAGAGUGAAUGGCCACCCGCGCAACUUCGUCAACCAGUGCCUACGUAAACGAGGCGAGAGACAAAAUUCAACCGGCCCCAAAUUUUAGCCACCUGUCUCAUACGUGAAAAAUGGCUCGGAAGCCGCCAGCCGCCUCUUUACGCUCCUUGGAAUUAGAGUUGCACACAGACCGGAAGCAACCAUAAGGCGCCAGAUCAUGAGGCCGGAAGACCCACUGCCACGGCAGGAAACAUCUGGAGUCGUUCUCCGAGUCUGGUGCAGUUGCGGGCAAAACAACUAUGUCGGACAAACCGGAAGAGUACUCCGGACGCAGUUGGCCGAGCACGCGGUAGCAGGGCGGAGGAAUGACGCCAACUCUCAAGUCUUGGCGCGUUCGACGGGACCCAAUCACACAUUUAAGUUUGACGAAGCAUAGAUUCUUGCCGGAUGCGACAACCGCGUGAGGCGUGAACUGCCCGAGUCAUGGCUUUCUGGUCCUCAUUUAAUCAACAAGCACAACGGCCUCUUUGCUUAAUAUUCGUCGCUAAGACUUAGCCUAAGCAAAGUAGUUAGCCGCGAGGAGAACGAGACGGUAUCAAUGUCGGUGUGCCAAAUCACCCAGGAGUCCACAUGGAUGACGAAAUCCUGUAGUCAGCCCCUCGGUGGCGUGCGACGAGCGUGGGAGCCGAAAAUCUGUACAGGCAUACAGGUGCAUGGCAACAGCAUACUUCAACACCUGGCCAGUCGAGCUGUGAUGCACUCGAGAGCUGCCAACUGUGAUAGGCAUGUAGCGGUCCAGCAACUACAUCCUAUGAAUAUUGCAUCACCUGGGCAAUCCACUACCCUUAUCUUAAUCUGUCCCUGAUAAUGAGUUCGAGUGAGAAUAGGAAACGUCAGGCUAAUAAAGCACGUGUUCCAACGAUCGUGUCUCCUUCUUCGCAACCUUUUCCUGGAACUCGCCUCUUCGUUUCUAUUAGCACAAUGAUCAUAGCUGUUUUAACUAAGUAAAUUAGUUUGGAUAGAUUUUAAAUUUUCGAGGUGACUUUAAACGUUUCAUUUUGGCUUUAGUCGCUUGGAACGCCGAAAGUAAAUUGGGGAUUAGCUGAUGUCGGAGAAAUAGGGACAACCGCAACGUUUUUGUUCCAAUGUGACCGGAAUUUCGCCUAUUAGAAACAAUUUUAGGUUUUAAGUAGCUCCUUGCGUCCUAAGAAUGCUGUCGUUUCAUGUGAUGGCAAUUGUUUGCUACCGGUUGCUGGCGGAACUCUUCAUCAGUAAAGCCAAAAUUCCCGCUUAGCGGUGCUCAAUAUGGCUUUGCUCUCGCGUGGGCUUUUUGGACUUGAUCUGGUAUGCAACUUGAAAUGUCGCAAGUCCCCCCCCCCCUAUUUCUGGACGCGUCGAGUGCCACCACCAGCGAAUAAACUGUCUGGGAUUAAGAAAGCUGGUUGUUGACAAGUUUCAGACAUGGAUAGCAAAUUAAGCACUCCUGAUGAGGCACGCAAGAUUCUAAUCCCAAGUUAUCCAGAUCUGGGGUCGGAUGUGGACGAUGAAGGACGAUCAGCACGCCGCAAAUUGCCAUCCCCCAGUUUCCCUGAUCUUUGUCGGUAAUUCUUGUCGCAUAUCGUACUACCGGUCGCUGUACGAUUGUCUGCAAGGGCUCUGGAUUGUGCCGCAGGGCGUAGUAUGGCGAGCAUGUCCCCUAACCCGAUUAGUUAAUGCCCUCCCGCUACUGUUUUGUUAAUUUAAGCCCUUUGCUUUCUGUCUCAGAAUUACGAGAAUAUGCGUGCGAACUCUGUGGCAAGGCGUUUGCUGCGAGAGGACAUCUGACCAAGCACAUUGACGGUUUCCAUAAACGUACGUCUUCUGCCUUCAGUAAAUUUAUUCAUCUAUCGAUAUGUUCGCCACCGGGUUGUUCUAUGUGCUCUUAUGCAGAAAUGGUGUGUUUUUUGCUAAUUUCUCUAAGCUUGCGCGCACAUUUUUCGUGGGAGAGGAGUAAUUAUACAUCCGAUAGUGUUUUUUCGGCCGUUAAUAGCUUUUUCAGUAGUACUCGGAUGUGGGUUUUUGAAUUUUAGACAGCCGUUGCGUGAAAUAAUCUAGUAAAUCUCGAGUUAUAUGAGUUGUGGUUGAAUGUAAAAUUUGAACUCUGGGCGAACAGUGAAUCUUCACUUGGUAAAUUUGCUGUGAUGCAGUGAUCAAUUAAUCGAAGAAAAUGGUGAUGCCUAAUUGUUUCGUGGUUUGAAGCCUGAAUCGAUAACUUCAAAACCACAACUGAAUUAUAUUAGCGUUUAUCGCAUUCACAUUGUGGUUUGGUGACAGAUCUGAGGAUUCCAUACGAUAUCUGAGCAAACAUCCAGUGGAAGAGGAUUGGUAUUUUCUCUGCCGUCUUAUGAUGCCCUGGUGAGUGCCAAUGCUUUGGUGGCGCAGAGGAAAUACGCCAACAAAAGCUGUUGAACCUAUUCAGUAGUCCAACGCCCCCUGUGGCGCUCCGCAAGCGUCAUUUUUCAAUUCAUUUCGAGCCCAUCCUGCUUAUCCGUGACCCAUUCUAUAUUUCUAACUGCACUACAAAGUAGCCGUAAGCCGGUUGCGCAUCUUCUCAAACGACUAACUCGGUGGCCAGUUCGUUUCGGAGUUGCGCACUAGCCUCAGAAAAAACCAUGACGAUAAAUUAGUCAAAGUACACCGAGACAUUUCGCAACUGCUUCUAGACUAUUCGCAUGCGCUUGUAAUCCCCGGAGAUGGUAAAACGACAGGCUGCCCAUUGGCUCUGUUACUGUGUUUUGGGGCACAAAUUAGCGCGCAGAGUUGCAAAUCAGGACGUUUUGGAAAGAGAGGGUCUAAGUUUUUUUUCCAAUCAACGCGUGGCCAUUAACACCUUGCCCUAACAUCUCACUUUUCACCGACUGAAAAUCGGACUCUUAGGCUAACGAAGUUUGUUUUGGUGAAAGUUUCUCACUUAGAUUAGCGUUCUCCACCUGAGACGCAGACACAAAUUCGCAGAUGUAGUCUACGAUGGUUAUUACCACAAGGAUCCGCUUGAAUACAAGGAAGAGUCGGUCGUAACCCACAAUGUUCACCUUCUCAUGCCUGUGAUAACUUGAAAACAAAUUCCGGAUGACAUUCUUUUCUGAAUGUUACUUGGGACCUCCAAGCGUAAAUACCCACCAAGUUUUAUGGGAUGUUGAUUAAGAUAAGCCUUAUUUUGCAAUCGAGAGACCUCGUCUCCAAUCAUAAAAUUCGAAGAAGACGCGAUUUUUUACGAAGUUAAAUAUGAAAUAACUGUUGUUGUUGUUUCUUAAACGUCAUCGGAAAUCUAUAGAAAAACUUCGCUCCACUUAAGUUGCCACCACUUGUCGGGUACGACGCUCUCGUAUAUGUCUGUAGUGGGAUUGUAAGACUGAUCAUCAUGCAGCGUACUCCUAAAAUAUUUCACGCUAUGAUCCCGACCUUUCAGUGAACAUCUUUCCAGAUAUCAGCAAAAACAACACCACCCGAAAACUACCGCUUCGGCACUAUGGGUUUUUUUGUCGAAUUUGAAUAACCCUUUUUCUAAAUCUAAGCGUAUCUCAUAGAAAGCAUGCACAAAAAUAAACUUUCGUAUUAUGUAGUAAAUUACGUCAUUUUAACGUGUGUCAUCAAAAAAGGUGUCUUUUGGUGUAACAACGUUUGUGUGUAUGGGACAUUGGGAACUGCCAACUGUCUUCGACUUUCGUUCUAUCUUCCCAAUCAUUAGUGCCGGAAGAAGGUAAGGCGAUCUCUGGGGAGGAUGAUUUAAUCAUCUGACGUUUCGUACUCGUACUCGAGCACAUCAUCGGAGCCAGGCCAAAUGUGGAAUACAUGGUUUAAAUAGGCCAUUCGCGCUCGCGCCUGAUAGGUCGAUCCCGCUCUCCCCCUAUUGGCCCUCUCGUCCGCAAGUGGGGCCUGAUGACCUCGUAUGGCGCUGGUAGGUCAAUACUGCGGUUGAUCGAGCUGACGUCUGAUUGCCAGGCUUCGAUUACUUCUCUCGCCAGCUUGUUUUCGGCUCGGUCGAGCACUUGGGCACCGUGAAAAUCGAACACGUUAUUAUUUUCUAGACUGCGCAUGGCGACGUGCGAGCGUACACCCUUUCGCUUUAUGGCUAAGGCGUACUCAUGCACGCGCGUGCGCAGUCGUUUGUCCGUCAUGCCGCAGUAGUUGGCCAGACAGUCUAGACAUUCGACGUCGUAAAUGACGCCUGACGUGUCUGCAGGUAGUAGCGGCGGUUGGUGGUCUCCGGUCGGUGUCCAACGCCCACGCUUAGUGGCCUUAGCAUGCGCUUAGUGCCUUCGGAGACGUUUCUCACGUAAGGCAGAACGCAGAACAUUUUAGGUCUUUGUGUGUUCUCAGGGUCGGCGCUCGUAUGUCUUUGGUAUAAGCAUUUGUUUACAAAACUGUGCGGAUAUCCAUUGGCAAGGAAGAGGUGCCAUAGGAUUUCACGCUCCCGCAGCUUCUCGGCUUCUGUGCUACAGCGUGUGCUGAUGCGACGAAAGUGUCCGGGCGCAGCUGCGUUUAUGCGACAGGGGAUGGUUGCUGUUGUAGUGAAGAAUUUUCUCCGUGUCUGUCGCUUUUCGAAAGACCCCAGUCUGGAGGGUUCCGUCUUUUUUUCUCGUUACCUGAACGUCGAGGAAAGGAAGCACUCCGUCUAUUUCUUCCUUCAUGGGCCUUGAUGGGACCCCGACGGGUCUUUAAUAAAAAAUUAUUAUUAUUAAUUGAAUUUGUGGGAAAACCGAGUUAAAUUUUCCUCUAAAGUUGUCUUUCGCGUCUCGAUGUAGGAUGACAAAGGUAUCGUCUACGUAGCGCAUCCAGAACUUCGGCUUGUAGGACUGAAAGACUCGAGCUUCCAGUUCCUGCAUGACCGCCUCAGCCAAUUAGCCGGAAAUCGGGGGUUCCCUGGAUUUGCUCGUAAAUUUGACCAUUAAAAGUGAAGUACGUGCGCAGGCAAUAGUCCAAUAGUUCCACCACGUGCUUCCUCUUAAACGGUUUCCCCUCUUUGUCGUGCUUUCUCUCCAGUAGGUCAUUGAUGACUUUCAUAGCAAAUUCUUUUGGAAUGGAGGUGAAUAGAGAGACGACAUCAAGGGAUACCAUUACCUCGUCGGGGGCUAUUAUAACUCCUUUGAGUGUUUCCAGGAAGUGUAUUGAAGAUACGGCUGUGUGUUCUGGGCUGUAAGUGUGUGUGACUGUCCUCAGAGUGUCGGGACGGCGUGCGAUCACCGCCUGGAGUCGGCCAGGGCAGACAUACUGCUUGUGUCAGCGUCUUCUGACAACAGAGUGCCGGGUUCGCUAGUCAAAUGGCCACUGCUUCGGUUGUGGCUAGCAUCCGUUUGCACAGGCCUUUAGAGUACAGUAGAUGUGCUAACUCAUGAAAUGUCAACCAAGAUUUCGAAAUGCGUUCUCGUUUCGAAAAGAUAAAUUAAGUAGUGUUGUAAAACUAAUCAUGAUGCAGCAUAAAUCGAUAAUGAUCCAGUUACCUCAGGGUGUCGGCUUUCGAAAGAACUUAUUUUCGGCUGCAUGCAAGAUCUAUACUCUGCAAAAAAUGACUACUUAAUUAGAAUGCAUUUUCUCAUUGAUUUUCGAUGCCCUUGAAAAUUCAAUCGUAUUUCUUGGAAAACAUGCACAAAAAUAUUCAUUCUUUUACUUGUUCGGUAGAAAAUCACGUCUUCUUCCAAUUUCAUACUCAAAAUAAGAGUAUAAUUCGGUUUUAAAAAAGUUUCUAAUUGUGAGAUUUUUUAAUACGGUUAAGUGUCCGUUCAUAAAACGUCAUGUAUCUGCAUUUACAAAUGCGGCUUGUGAAGUUAACAAUAUAACAUUCAUUUCUCUACGGUGUAAAGAGGAGACCAUAUAAAGUUCAUAAAAUUAAGCAGUGGAUUGGAGCAAUAUUGUUAACUUUACAAGCCACAUUCGUAAAUGCAGAAACAUGACGUUUCAUGAACGGCCAUUUAGCGGUAUUAAAAAAUUUCACAAUUAGAAACUUUUUUAAAACCGAAUUAUACUCUUCUUUUGAGUAUGAAUUUGAAAGAAGCCGUGAUUUUCUACUGAACAAGUAAAAGAAUGAAUAUUUUUGUGCAUGUUUUCCAAGAAAUACGAUUGAAUUUUCAAGGGCAUCGAAAAUCAAUGAGAAAAUUUCAUGCUACAUAAUUAGUCAUUUUUUGCAGAGUAUAGAUCUUGCAUGCAGCCGAAAAUAAGUUCUUUCGAAAGCCGACACCCUGAGGUAACUGGAUCAUUAUCGAUUUAUGCUGCAUCAUGAUUAGUUUUACAACACUACUUAAUUUAUCCUUUCGAAACGAGAACGCAUUUCGAAAUUUUGGUUGACAUUUCAUGAGUUAGCACAUCUACUGUAGUAUGCAGGAGCCCGGUAGAUGACUUUAAAGGCUUCUUUGGCGUCGGCUUGGUGCUUCGUAUCGAUUAUAUGUGUGAGAAUUGAAAUCGAAAUCGAUCGAUGUUCACCUCUACCUAGCCAGGCAGGCAUGUGUUCACCUAUUCUCUUUUCCAGACGCCUCGUUGUACGGCCAAUAUAUCCCCCUCCACAGGAGCAGGUGAAUGUAGUAGGGGGAAUUUGCGAAGAAUACGCGCAAGUUCGCCGCGGGGAAGGCACUCGCGAGAGCUGUCCUGAGACGUCUCACUAAUUCGCUUGCUGCGUCUCCUAGAAAGUUAGUCUUAGAACUAAGUCUUUCUUCUCUGCAGUUGCAACGGCAGGUUUUGUGGCACGCUCUCUAAUAUUCCGGAGGAUGAAUCGCUCUGGAUAGCCGUUUUCGUGGAGCAUGCUUUGCAGCUGCUGGAGUUCUGCUUCAACAGUUUCAGGAGAGCAGAUGCGUCGCACUCUAGCCGCCAGUCCCUGGACUAAAUUUAGUUUUAGAUUUAGGGGAACAAAAUUGAAAAUUAAUGUAUUGUCCCGUCCAAGUUUUCUUUCUGAAUAUCUUUCUUGGAUGAAUCCAUCCUCUUGUUUGUGUAGAAGGACAUCGAGGAACACGAUCUCGUUAUUCGCCUCGGUCUCUGUGGUAAACAUCAGAUAGGGGUGCGCCCCGUUAAACUUCUGAACUAGGCCAUUGAUGUCGGUGGUAUGGCUCGUCAGGCAAAAGAUCUCCUCCACAUAUCGAACGUAGAAUUUAAGGUCAUUAAUGGGAUCUUAGAUACUCGUUUGCUCGACUUUGCCCAUGAAGACAUUUGUGAGAAACGAUCCAAGCGGUGAACCCACUGCCACACCGUCUAUUUGCCUGUAUAGCUGGCCGUUGCAGAGCAACUGGACAUUCUGUGUGCAUCGCGCAAGUAGUCCUUUUAGGGUCUUCACUGCCAUGCCUAUCGGGUAAUUUGUUUCCCUGAUGAAGUCGUCCAGGAAGUCUGUUGUCUCCACUACGGGUGCGUUGGUGAACAGUGAUGUUACGUCUAACGAGAGCAUCGUUUGUCCGUCCACGUUAACGUUCUUGAUAGCCUCGACAAACUCAAAGGUGUCCUCCAAACUUCGCGGAUACAGACAACUUUGAAGACGCAUUUAUAUCCUGCCUACAAUUAGAAUGAUCAUUAUCCAUGUAAAUGUAUCGGCCAGAUGAUGCGUUACUGAAAACAUAUGUCCUUGAAAUGUCGACGAAUACUUGACGGUUUUCACUUUCCCCAAUUGACUGCUCACAAAUAUAGGUUCUAUGCUAUAUGUUCAUCAGAGCCUUUAAGGUAAGAUAUUUCUCGAAAGUUUUUACGGAAAUAAUGGGUUCUGGGACAUUCUUUUUAUGUAGCUGACCGUCUGGUCAUAUCUGUAGACGCCACCAACCAGCAAACCUCAUCGCCGAGAAAAAUCAACCUCCACAAUGAGAUUCAGCAAUGAUAGUGCCCUGAAUUAGGUCACAUACUGCAUAUCCUAUUCAGCAUACGAACGUACUUUAGUAAGCCUUUUUCCCUUGAUGGUUUGAUGUUUUUCCACUGUUUGCUGACUUAAGCCGGGAUUGGCAAAUUUAACCGGAGCCUGUUUUACGAAAACAUAACUUCAUUUACAAUCGUAGACCUACGUUCUGUUAUUCCCUUUUAUCAGAACUGCGAAAAUACGCCUGCGAGCUUUGCGGGAAGGCCUUUGCGCAAAACUGUCAACUAAAGAGGCACAUUGACAGCGUCCACAAAGGUACAGCUUCUCUGUCCCGCCAGCCUACUGUUUUUGUCUCUAAAAAAACUCCAUUUCCUUCUGUUGUGUUUCAUGUCUUAUGUGUUUCCCUUGAAAAACUACCGUGUCCAAAAAUAUUGAUCUCCAAUUGGGAAAAGCGUUGUUCCAACUUUUUUUGCAAAAUUUGCAUUAAAGAUUCCUGAAAAGACAUGCUUUGGCAAUAAAGUCGACUCCGAUCACUUCUGUUUUAGAAAUUCGAAGGUACACAUGCGAGAUCUGUGGCAGAGCCUUUAAAGAAAAUGGAACCAUGAAAAAGCACAUUGAUAUUGUCCAUAAAGGUAGGUUUGCUUUUAUCUCAAGGGUUUGCCGCUUCUGUUUUCUUUCGUGUGUGCAGUUGAAGGUCAUCUGGUGAUAUGUUCAAUCGUGAAGCAGACACGAUCGCUGCUACUAGGGAUUUAUUUGCCUGUCGUUUCGGAUUCCUGCUCGAAAUCAUCAUCAGAAACAGUAGCAGGUACGGGUGGUUCAUGCACAAGGGGCUGCAGUAUUUACAGGAUACAUUCGCCCUGCUACCGCAUACCUAUGAACAUUUACGCCUCCCCCCCCCUUCAUCAGGGAUCGUUGCACUUGCUGUGAUAGCCGACAUUCGCGUCGUUAAUUGCUGCAAUUUCAUCACGUGCAUUGGAUGUUGAUGCCAUGAUUGCUCGACCACCUGACCCACUAACCUCGGCGUUGGGAGCAGUGUUCGUCCCUACGCACCCCGCUUGGGUAAUUACUCCACCUCGGCGAGGUCUCAGCACCCAGUGUGUUGGGCCUUUUGAUUUUAGCGGGCUCGGUACAAAAAUUGAUAUGAAUAUAUGACCUGAACUCAAUCAGCUAUUGCGAAGUAAGCGCGUAAAUUCGCAACCUCCCAGUAGGCAGUUAACAGUAUACAGAUGUUGCCUAAUCCACCACAGGCAUCAGGCCAGGCACGUGUUUCGACGAUUUUGUCUCUGCCACGGGUGAUUCGACUCAUCAGCAAAUUCCCUAGCGGUUCCAAUGUUUAGCUUUCGGGCAGAUGCUCCAUUUUUGACAUUUCAGACUUUUAAAUCUCGUCGGAAAUUAAUAUGCUGGCAUGGGGUAAAUCUUCCAGGGCAAACUUCUACAUGCUGGCUCCGAAAGUUGAUAUGAAUAUUUGUGUCGAAAUCCACCAGACUUAGCAAAAUAUGUGCCGCCAAAAGGCCGUCAACAGUAUACAGGUGUUGAUUUAUUUAGUGUACAUCGGACCACAUGUCUGACCGUUUGGCUGGUACACCUGCGGACAGUAUUGUGAACCAUUUCACCGGCCAUAUAUUCAGUCAGACGGAAGAAAACGUUGAUUGGGCUUUCCGGCAGGUUUGUUGUUUCUAACCUGUAUACAUUGUGUAGCCGUCUUUUCGAUAUAACCGAGAAUCUUUGUUGAAGAAAUACCGAUCAUAGUCAGUUUGUACCGACCAGACGUCUUUACUGUUACCGACUGAGUGAUGCAGGCUUGCGCACAUGCUCCAGUCAACGUUGGCCUCAUAGCCACCUCAGUUUUAUCGGUCAACUCUCAAAUAGCGAAGAAAACUCUUCAACGUCCGAUAAGUGCGCGUCUGAAGGAUGCAUGAUUGUUCGUUCAUUGGGCGACCAUGCCGAGUUGCAACAUUGUUCAAGCUCUAGAAACGAUAAUUUUGGAUUUACUAUCAAUACUUGAAGAACCGUCCUUGUGUGUGUCAACCUUCAGCAGCUAGCAAAGGCCUGGAACCCACAGUCGCUGUCGACUGCCGUUGUCUGACCGUUAAUCAGAAGUUGACCAUUUUAGGGGAAAGUUCAUCUCCCGGAAAGGUAGCAGUUGAUGCCAAAAUCGCAGGCCGAAUUUUCAGUGAUGUUUGUGGGAUGCAGUGAGGAUGCACCACACUUCCGUCCCACUAUAAACUAAUUCAUGCGCGUCACCGUUGCUGCACGGACAGCCAACAAAUUUCCGUUAGAAGUCCACGCCUCUAACCAAUUGGCCACGAGCCUGUUGCCCUAUCGGUUUUCAAUCGGGAAUAUACAAUGGUAGGGGGCGCUCACCGAUCUUUCUUACGGAACUCACUCGUUUCGUUGUGCCUUACGGGCUCUCUCUCUCUCGAGUCCAACCAGCAGCCGCACAGCGGCGCAUGAUAUAGGCAGUAUGUCAUUACCGACAAAGUCAAGGGAAACUGGAAUGGCCAUUUCUGGCUUAUUAGCCGUCUUCAGCUAGCCAUACCCAACCCCAAAGUGUGAAACACCCGAGGCUCGAACUCGCGACCUGUUAGCUAGAAGUCCACGCCUCUAACCACUGGGCCACGAGCCCGUUGCCCUGUCGGUUUUCGAUCGGUUUCCGUCUCAAGACGGACUCUUGCCAGAAAGUGGCAUAACCGCCUAAUCUGUCAGGAGGCCGCUCGUGCAGUUGGCUUUUUGAAAGGCGAGCUUCUUUUAGCUCGCGCUUCUUACUACAUCUACAUUGAGAGUACCUGCUGCUCAUUAAAAGCCCAGUCUUUGUCUGCAUGUCCGGAGCCUGCCUGGUGCACUUGUAAUCUUUCACUUGCAACUUGCCGCGCAGAUAUUUGACAUCGCUGUUGGAUAAUUGAAACGGAAUCUUAAAAAAGAGGAUUGAAAGAUUAACUCCAAGUUCGCGCAUUAAUUUCCUCGGAAAUUAAACAAGGCAAGUUGAAACUGGAGUUCAUAUACCAGAAAACACACGGGGAAAGCUGGGGGGACCCACCGACGAGCCGAACCCCUCGCAGCUGCGUCAGGCAGCGGCAUAAGAUCGGCGAAACAGGCGUGUCUGGGCUUUUAGCUAAUACCUGUGUUGUUAGUACGGUAAAUCAUUGCACAGUUCUAUACUACCGGCUGUCUGUAGGCGGUUUGUGAAUAUUAAGCGGUUAUUCCACAGUAGCUGCUGGAUUUCAGCUCAAAUAUUCAUAUCAAACUUUGGACCGUGCCUUAAAAGGCCCGUUUCGAAAGAUUUACUCCAAGUUCGCCCAUUAAUUUCCUCGGAAAUUAAACAAGUCAAGAUUGAAUUUUCACUAUCCAUGCGUCCCAUUAACGGGUUGUAAUCAUGCUUUCACGACUGAGGCCUCAUAAAUUACUGAUUUAUUGCCUUUUGUACCGUGAACACCUUAGAUGUCAUGGACUUGAUGCAUUGGUUGCUUUACCGUAUGCGGGUAAAAUUCCCAGCAGUCGCUGCUGUAAUUUCUGAGAAUUUGUGAAAUUCCCCUUGUUUUGACAUAAGUAAAUACUCGAUUCUGUUUCACUAUCUUGGAAUGUCAUUUUGCGCUUGUAACAUCCUCCUCAAUCGAUCGAUCUAUUUUUCUCUUUAUUUUAGAACUCCGAGAGUACUCGUGUGGGUUUUGUGGCAAAGCCUUUUCCCGGAAUUUCUGCCUGAAAACACAUAUCGACUUGGUUCACAAAGGUAUGCCUGUCACUUUUCUGUCCUCUAGUCUGCCCCAUCAGCUCUCACUGUUUCGCGGGUUGGGCGGAAAAAAGGGGGAGGGCAGUAGCCAGACCAUAUAGAAAUGCGAUUGGGGUGGGCGGUAGGAAUGUGUCCAGGCAUGUGCGUGAGGUUUAUGAAUUGUCAAAGGACAUGUCCGCGUGAUAGAUCAGUUAACAACUGCAGUCUAUCCGCCCCACUAAGUUAAAGUACAGAAGAGGGUGUGGAAGAGAAGAAGAUAAUGGUAGAGGGCGCCCACCGAUCGUUCUUACGGAAAUCACUGGUUCCGCUGUGUCUUACUGGCUCUCUCUCAAGCCCAGCCAGCAGCCGCACAGCGGCGCAUGAUAUAGACAGAAGGGCAUUACCGACAAAGACAAGGGAGACUGGAAGAUAGUUAACACCAAGCCUCUUUUCUAGAAGGGUUUUGCCGUUCUCCACUCUGAACCGUCGUCUCAGAAGCGGGCCCCUACAUUCAGGUCUUUAGCGAACUUCAAACGGUUCCCUCGGCAGAUAGGUGCACUGUCUCCUGUGUUUCGUGGGUGUUUUUGGUGUCCGACGGUUUCCGACUGCUCGCCUAUAAACUUUACGUUUACCUUACCACCAUGCAUCUUUCUUGCCGUUACCAAAUGUAGAGGAGCUUCUAGUGCGCGCAGUAUGCCUAAAUUAGCCAUUCUUUAAUCACAGUUGCAGUCUGUGGCCAGUGACGAGCGCCUCUCGUGGGAGAAACUGUUGUAAACUGUGCAUUCAACGCGAAAUAUUCGGAACUAGAUACGGGAAUUGUGUGCUGCCUCUACGGCCAUUUUUCUGUUGACAGACUGCUGUUGAAUAGUUGGGGGCGGGCAGAAUGUUGAUUGGCGGCUGCUAUUGGGCGCAAAAUGGUCCCCAAGUGUUCUUAGUCCCCGGCAGGUUCAAUCUAAGAGCGGCAGCCGCUUCUGAGAUUUCUGAUAACUCGUGAAAUUCCCCUUGUUUUGACAUACGUAAAUACUGGAAAAACCGAGCGAUCAACCGCGUUUUGAAGGGAUUUUUUUCUGAUAGCUGUCGCACUAUAUCGAUCUGAUUUGCCCGUCCGUUGUGAAGGCCAGCGUAUGCGGCUUUCAGGGCAUCAGCCAGAGAAUCUCGUGAUCUUAUGCUCAUAGCUAACGAUUAUUACUAAGCCGCCGGCGCCCUCGAAGCAUUUAUGGCCUCGGCAAUUUAUCGCGCAAGCUAUCCUUCAUACUUUCUGAGAGAGAGAGAGAGAGAGAGAGAGAGAGAGAGAGAGAGAGAGAGAGAGAUAGCGAUUAAAGGGGGGUGUGAAUUCUGUGGAAAAUACUGGCGGCUUUCAGUGCUUUUAUUCUGGCGACGAUUCCUCAGGAAAUCACCGAGCCUCUCCUAUCUUUUUCCAUGUUUCUAAUCCACUCUUUGCUUCCUUCGCCUGUGCAAAAUAUCCACGUUCUUUUGAGAAAACAUUGCCGACAGAGAUUAGGUGCAUCAGUGGCCGUUGCUGGUCUACUGCGAACCAUCAACCAGAGAUGCUCCAUCCGCUAGUCUCGGUCCAACCGAAUCCAGUGGGUUCAGGUUAAACGUCCACUCCACUAUUGGGUUUGCUGGUUCGCAUAAAUUAUCAUAGUAAGGGGUGAAAUCGCUCGUCCUGCAGCUUCUGGUGGUCUCUUGACACUUCACGCAGCAUUUUGCCCUUGGGAGAUAUUUACAGCACACGUGGGAACCCUGCCGACGGCCACAAACGCGAAUGCACGAGCAUAAGUUGGCCGUUGGGUUAGACCCAAAAUCGGAAGUAGCAACCCAUGCUGCGCAAAUGUGACCCAUCUUCAUCUUUGAGGCUGUUCAGAUUGUGGGCCGGGACGAUGAUCAUACGGCAAGGCAGGUUCAAGAAGCCUGGAUGUCCACCGACUGCUCUGGCAACCGCCACAUCAAUUUGCCUCUCCCUAUCUGCACAUUUACCUGACUUUAUAAAUUUAUUUUAGACUCCGCGGAAGACUGACUGUUGUUACGCCUUGCUGGUGGCCAACUCUGCCCGUAUUUACGUUCACGUACAGUGUUUUCUGACGCAUUUAUGGUUUUGUAUUCUCAAGAAAUGUUCUUUGUUGUUUUAUUUUUUACCAAGACAAUCUGGUUGAAGACGAUUAAAGCCACUUACUUCUACCUUUUUUUAUUUCUGCUGUUGUUGUAGCUGGGUUACAAUUUAAACAAGUGCUAAAGCACUGCGCAUGUGGGAAUUUUUAGUCACGAAAGUUAAUGCAUGCCAGCUUACAAAUACUGGCUGGAGAUGAGCGAAACCUUGAGAUGUUCUACUACCAUUUUCCGAGUGAAUUUCACCGACUUCGUCUCAAGUGGGAUAGUCCGCACUCGCUUCGAUAACAUCGCUAAAAUAUCUGAUUUUGGUAAGGAUCGGGUGAAGACCUUCAAGCAUCUGUGGCAUACAAAGAAUACCUUCUAUAUUUAUUUAAGUGGGUUUUAAUCGGACACAAUUAUUUCGGUUUGGUGUUUCAUCGUACAAGGUUGGGUCGUCUGUCGUAAACGGUCUGAUGCAUUAUCUACAAUAAGCUCAACUCAGAGAUUUCAGAAGCGGUCGUUGUAUGUACCUAGUGUUUUUUUUCAAUUGUCCUGUUUAAUUUCGGUUGCUAUAUGUCAAUGUAUCAAAACUUUUCCACCCGUAAAACGAAUUUACCAACUAUCUAUACUUAUUUUGCCAAUCCUCUAUGCAUGUAUAGGGCCCGCCAGUAAAACCCGUAUCACCACCUUUCUCGUAAGACAGGCGCCCUUGGCUGGUCAUGCGUCUUGGGUCCUUCACCUGAUCGCUGCCCUGAUUUUCAUCUAGGAAGGACGACUGACGUGAUUUGGGUAUGUUCUUCGUCACCCAUCUGAUGAGCUCAUCGUUGUUGUCCUCGAUCCUGUGCUGUUGGCCACCUGGAGACCCUGAGGAGGAUGUCAACUCGGGGCCUGGAUCAAAAGAGUUCGUCAAGACACGGCAGUGGCCUUUGGACCUCCUGUGUGCGGUCUCCGUCUCUGGAUGAGAGGAUGGGUACUUACUUGUACUUGAUACGGCUGCGAUCAUGCCUGAUCUAGCCGACCUUGAUGAUGUCCCGAACUGUACCUAUCCACGCGUGACGAUCCGCGGCAGCAGAUCUGGACAGCUCAACCCAUUCCCUUAGCCAACGACGGAGACCGAAUACCGAAGGUCCAAGAACCACUUCCAUGUCUUGACGAACUGUGUCGAGCCAGGUUUUGAACUGACUCCCUCUUCGACGCCUCCAAUGGGGUAACGGUGCCGGAUCGAGGGCAGUAACACUGAGCUCCUGAGGUGGACGACGAAGAACAUGCCCGAACCACCUCAGUCGUCAUUCUUGGAUGGCCUGAGUUAUCCUUGCGAUGUCGCAGCGAGCGCGAACUGUCUCAUUUGAGACGAAGUCUGUGACCUUCACUUGAAGGAUGGUCCUCAAGCAGUGGUGGUCAAAUACCUCCCAUUUUCGCACGUCCUCCACGCGCAAAGCCCAGCAUUCACAACCGUAAACAAGGUCAGACCGGACAGAUGCCUGGUACACGGGAAUCUUAGUGGCGGUGGAGAGGUCAUGUCGGAUCCAUAGGCAUUUUCGAAGGCUUGAGAAAACCCAGCGGGCAGCAUCGAUUCGGGAGUUAAUGUCGUCCUUACUCGGUCUAUUGGGCAGCAGCCUCGCCCUGAGGUAUUUAAACUGUCUACUUCAAGUUAACAGCCAUCAAUCCUGGGGGGUGUCUUCUCCUGGUCAGGGAUGCAGCUUGAAAACGCCCUAGUCUUCUCAGCGUUUAUGGAUAAACCGACUGAUUUAGAGGAUGGGUAGAGUUCUCCAGAUCCGCCGCUGCAGAUCGUCUCGCAUGGAGAGCUGCAAUUUGCGAUAUCGAUGUCGGUUAGAUCAGCUAUGAUCACAAUUAGGAAUGUAUGUCGGUCUUUAAGUGAAGCCGCAGCAAAAUUUGGACGAUAUUCACCCGGUACAGCGGAUUCGGGUAAGAGAUGUUUGCGGGCGAUACGAGUUAGUUAAGGGGCGUGAUUGGCCGUUGGGGGCGUAUGAGGGUCAACUCUAUCAGCCAUUUGGAGGCAUUUGUUUGCGGUCCCCGAUUGGUGAGAACUGCCGGAUGGUAGUGGCUUAUACCAACGGUGUGGAGGAGUGCGCUUAAAGCUAAGGUCGAAGUACAUCUGCUGCAGUUAGGCCAUCGCGUAAUAUUCGCAAGCUGUCAACAGGCGGCAGUAUGCAAUUAUUUCAUGGUUCACUCUACUAACAGCACAGUUAUUAUAUAAAGGUCGAAGCACAUGGUUCGCUGAUCCUCCGCCGGUGCCGCUUGGCUCAUUACCGGGUCCCGUCAACGUUUUCCAUUUGCAGCUUUCUGGCAGAUGCUCCAUUUCUAGAAAUCUCGGUAGGACUAAAUUAUAUGGCCCCUUAAACCGGACAUGAGAACAGAAGCCGCCUACAAUACGGGUGGUUUGGAGCCAACUUUCAGUGUAAUUAGGGCUAGAUUUGAGGCUUGACUCAGACUUUAGGGUUAGGGUAGGAUUAGGGCAACGGUUUGGUCUCCUUAUGUUAGGGUUAUGGUUGAGAUCAAGACGCAGGAGUAUUUCGCCCUUUCCGGCCUUAUGCGCAGGUCCAACUUUAUCACCUGGGCGGGACACACCUAUUCUCAUGUCCUGUUUAGAGGCCACGUAAGUCAGCCCCACCGAAAUGUCGUCUAAUCUCACCGGAGAUUCGUGUGCCAACAUGAAGUUCAUCUUUCGGGAGAAGGCCUUCCAGGCUCAGUCCGAAGGUUGUGAUGACUACUGAGCCGAAAUCUACCAGCCUAGCCGGAAUAUGCGUGUUAGAUUCACAAGCUACCAGUGAGCAAUUAGCAGUAGACAAAUGUUACAUGAAUUGCCGUUCUGACGUCACGGGUGUUCCGCAGGGUCCACUGGGCAAUUCCGCGGUAGGAUUUUGCUGUGAUAGGCGGAAAGUGUGCCUUGGAUGGCCACUGGUCGUCAUCAUAAUAUUGCCUUUGGUGUGCACGACUGACUGACAGGGGUUGCCUAGUUCGAAACACCCGGUUACAACCCUAUCUGAAAAGUCCCGCCGUUUCGCCCGUAUUCGAAUGUCGUGUAUUUUGAACACGAUUGUGGCCAGCUCUUGCAUGCCGCUGUCAAGCGGGAACACGCAAACUGUCUCUGGAGGCCGUCGAACGUCCUGCAGACGCUGGUAUGGGCCGACACGUCCAUUAACGAAUCUAGUUGGUGGUUUUGGGAGUUAAUUUGUUAAUCGUGGUGGCCAACCUCUCAACUUGAGACAGUGAUAAUGAGUGGCGUUCCGAUCCUGACCACCAAAUCAGACGAACAAGGGGGCGUUGCCUUAGGAAGUUCAUUGCGGACACUAUUCGGAAGGUGUUGCCCACCUCUACGGGGUUCAGCGUAGACUCAAUACACGAUAGUUGCGGUUGAUGUGGCAGGGUUCGACCUUUCCUCCUUUGGUUUCCGUCAGUAUGGUUGCCUUAGGCAGAUGAAUCUAGGGCAAAGGGCUGUAGCAGCCGAGCUGCGUAAUGGGCGAGGGGGUCAGCUGGCGGGAAAGUUUGAUCGGCAGUCCGAGUACGCAUUUAUGUCGUGCCACUCACCAUUCUCCAUCAUUCGCGCAUCAUCUGAAACGAAGCCGGAUCGGAAUUGGCUAUUACGGUAGCAGUGUGAGACAGGCCCUGGCGUACCCAAUUACUAACGGGGGCAAUUUACUGAAGCGUAAAUCCUUAAGUAAAGUGUUCAGGAAGACGACAACUGCGACGCAAGUACUGAGUUCCGACAGCAACCACCUGAUCGGCCGCAAACGCGGUUGCAUAAGGGCGCUAGAUCGGCGUGUUUGGACUGCGGUGCGCCAGAAUACAAGUUCGCCGAAUUCAAAUACCUUCAAUGGCCGCUGAGGGCGAAUGGUUGAGAAAAGUGAAGUGCUCACCAGAUCAGGGGAAUUGUGUUGCUGGUGUUUCGGAGAGUUUGGCCGGCUCUUCAUUAUCAAAGCGCUUAGCGCAAAAAUCGACCAGAAUUUUGAAUAGACGGCCGAAUUGGUUAGUCUUUAGCUAGUCGAUUUUUUCUUCUUUCGCUCUCUCGGCCUUCUGGUGGUUGUUUGCGAAUGUUGGUGGCCUCCCGUGUUUGUCUCCUUACCUCAAUUGGUGUUAGUUACGUUGGUGUCCCCCGUUUGUGUGAAUUAGUCGACGGGCCGUGUUUGUUCGGUAUUCCUGGGCUCCGUGUGACCGUCUUGUCCUGAACACGGCGUGCGCAGUGAAGUAGGACUUUAUAGGCUGCAGGAAGGUCUAGCUGCCUGUUGGUAGAGUUGGCAUCUGAGUACCAAGCCUCAAGUGUACGACGCUCUGUCUUUGAGGUGCUCCGGCCUAAGACGGUUGCUCCUUGAAAGUCAAAACUGUGGCCAGUUUCUCCGGUGUGAGUCACAAGCUGUGAGUUUGGGUCUAGUCUCCGAGUUGCCUGUUUGUGCUCAUAUAGGCGGGUCUACAAUUUCCGUCCGGUUUCCCCAACGAAGUUUCAAUCUCCACCGUUACAACAUAUUUGCUAGACAACUGCUGAGGUUUCAGUGGGUGGCAGUAUGUCUUUGGGUUGCAUCAAACGGCGACGAAUUUUUGCCUGGGGUCGAUGGGCGAUGCCUACCCUGGCGGGUUGUAACAAACGUGAAACUGCCGUUGAUGUAAGGAAUAGCCCUCCAGACUUCGUAUUGUUCUUCUUCUGAUCGUCUUCUCCUUACCCGGCGCUUGCUUUGCUUGAUAAAGUUUCUUAAUCAUCCAUUGGCCCGAAAGAGAUCAUGAAGUUAUUGUCGUUCAACUCUUUUGUCGUCUGGUGUGCUGCAAUGUGUUUCAACUUUUCGAAAAACAGUAUGGACACAGCUGUGUUUGUGGAGAGGGGUGAUUUCUGUCGAAGUGUAGUAUUUGUCUUGUGUUGGUGGCUUUUCUGGAAACGGUAGUUUGCAACUGCCCAGUCGCACACCGACGCAUAAAGCCAUCGAGUAAGGGAAGUUGGCUGUUUGUUUCAGCUUUCAUCGUGAAUUGAAUAUUCGGGUCAACUGAGUUCAGGCAUUCUUUAAGGUGCUCCACGUCAGAUGAUUUGACAAUGGCGAAAGUGUUAUCGACGUAACGAGCCCAGAACUUUGGUUAAUACUUGGUGAACAACUGCAGUCUAUCCGUCCCACUAAGUUAAAGUACAGAAGAGGGUGUGGAACUCACUCGUUCCGUUGUGCCUUACGGGCUCUCUCUCUCUCGAGCCCAAGCAGCAGCCGCACAGCGGCGCAUGAUAUAGGCAGAAUGGCAUUACCGACAAAGACAAAGGAGACUAGAAGAUAGUUAACACCAAGCCUCUUUCCUAGACGGGUUUUGCCGUCCUCCACUCUGAACCCUUGACUUAACAGCGGGCCCCUCCCUUCAGGUCUUUCGCGAACUUCAAACGGUUCUCUCGGCAGAUCGAUGCACUGUCUCCGGAUUUUCAUGGGUAUUUUUGGUGUCCGAAGGUCUCCGACUGCUCGUCUAUAGAAGUUACGUUCACCUUACCAUCAUACAUCUUAUUUGCCGUUACCAAAUGUAGGCGAGCUUCACAUGCGCGCAGUAUAUCUAAAUCAACCAUUCUUUAGUCACAGUUGCAGACUGUGGCCGGUAACGAGCGCCUUCUGUGGGAGAAACUGUUGUAGACUGCGCCAUCAACGUGAAAUAUUCGGUACUAUAUACCGGAAUUAGAUGCUGCCUCUACGAUCACUUUUCUGUUGACAGACUGCUGUUGAAUUGUUCGGGGCUGGCAGAAUGUUGAUUGGCGGUUGCUGUUGGGCGCAAAAUGGUCCCCAAGUGUUAUUGGUCCCCGGCAAGUUCAACCUAAGAACAGCAGUCGCUGCUGAGAUUUCUAUGAAACUGUGAAAUUCCCCUUGAUUCGACAUAAGUAAAUCCUCGAUAAACCGAGCGGUCAACCGCGUUUUGAAGUGAAUUCUUUCCUCAGACGGUAAUCUCGGAUAGCUGUCACUCUAUAUCGAUCUGAUAUGCCCGUCCGUUGUGAAGGACAGCGUCUACUGCUUUCAGGGCAUCAGCCAGAGAAUCUCGUGAUCUUAUGCUCAUAGCUAACGAUUAUUGCUAAGCCGCCGGCGCACCCGAAGCAUUUAUGACCUCGGCAAUUCAUCGCGCAAGAUAUCUCCCAUACUCAGAGAGAGGGAGAGAGAGAGAUAUUAAGGGAGGGGGGGAAAAAUUCUGUGGAAAAUGCUGGCGGCAUUCGGAGGUUUUUUUCUGGCGACGAUUCCUCAGGUGCAGCAGUGGCUGUUUCUGGCCUACUGCGAACCAUCAACCAGAGAUGCCCCAUCCGCGGGUCUAGGUCCAACCGAAUCCAGUGGGUUCAGGUUAAACGUCCACUCCACUAUUGGGUUUGCUGUAUCUCAGCGGAGAUUUUGAUUGCUUCGCAUAAAUUAUCAUAGUAAGGGGUGAAAUCGCUUGUCCUGCAGCUUCUGGUGGUUUCUUGACACUUCACGCAGCAUUUUGCCCUUGGGGGAUAUUUACAGCACACGUGGGAAACCGGCCGACGGCCACAAACGCGAAUGCACGAGCAUAAGUUGACCGUGCGAAGGCUAAACCCAAAAUCGAAAGUAGCAACCCAUGCCGCGCAAAUGUGACCCAUCUUCAACUUUGAGGCCGUUCAGAUUGUGGGCCGGGACGAUGAUCAUACGGCAAGGCAGGUUCAAGAAGCCUGGAUGUCCACCGACUGCUCAGGCAACCGCCACAUCAAUUUGCCUCUCCCUAUCUGCACAUUUACCUGACUUUAUAAAUUUAUUUCAGACUCCGCGGAAGACUGA